AGGCCUGCGUGCCCAGCAUCAUUGUAUCCCAUCCCCGUUAUCAGGGCACCAUGACCAAGUGGAUGGGCCUCGAUGUUCCAUUCUGGCUUAUUGUCGCUGUUGGGCUUGGAUUGGUUCUACUGGUCAUCGUGCAGGCCCCAUCUUCGUCGAAUUCCGGUUCCAGACACCCGAACAGAAGCGCGAAGAACAAGCGAGGGAAGGCGGAGGAGCCACCCGCGUCGGAUGCUGCGAGGGGCGUGGGCAAGAGGCUAGGGAUCGGCGGCGCCGUUAGGGCGGGGGGCUCUAGGCGACGGGUGCCGGUGACGGUGUGCGUGAACGACGUGGUUUUGAGAAAGGGGCCAGACGGCGAUUGGGUGGCCAUAGAGUCUGCCGUGCGAGUGCUGGCCUUGCUAAACGAGGUGGCGUCGGUGUUUCUGGUCGCGUGGGUGCAGAGCGAUCUAGAUGAGAGCCUCGUUAAGGAUAUCGCCCUUUCUUCGGGACUUACCGGCCCAUCGGGCCGCGACACGUCCGAUCCAUCAGCAGCGUUAACUGCGAAUGCCACUGGCAUCCCCGAGCACCGGCUGCUGUUUUGUUCCUCCCACAUCGGCCAGGUGGCCGUGGUGCGGCAGCUGACUCCUAGCCUGCACAUUGGAGGUCCAAUCGCGCUACUGGAGGGCAUCUGCCGCUUCGUGCCUUCCCUGUUGCGCAUCGACCCGAGUGCGGUCGAUCCCCCUCCCGAGACGACCGUGUCGCCAACCGCCCCGUCCGAGAAGGAAACCGGUAGAAGGGACGGGGGCUACGCCUUGGAAUGGAGAGAGUUCAAGUCGUUGGCAGCGGCGGCCGGGUUGGAAUCAGCGGCGGGCGGAGAAGCGCAGGGCGCCGGCUCCAGCGCGAGUUGUAGCUCAGGCGCCGAAUCGGACAUCGCUGCGGUGGCGGGAGGCCCUCGUGAGCAAGGGGCGGCCGAUGACACGGAAAAGAAGCCGGGGGUUGUACUGGAACCCUCCUCGGCACGUGGGCCGAAGCCAUCAGACGGUGAGGGUGUUGGCGAGACAUUUCCCCCCCUGCCAACGAGCCCUCCGGCGGUCUCAUAGCUACUAUUUCGGGCCACUUGUUGCCGGGGGCGAGUCCUGUACCGAAAGGCAAUGGGGUGUGCUGAGCGAUGUCAUGUGGCCAGUUGCGCCUGGGAUAGGAAGGUCUUGGACCGGUGGGGUACGGCUGAGCAGGUGCUGUGGGCACUCGGCUACCUGUGAAUUGUAGACUUGUAAAUGCGUGGCCUCGUUGGCACGUGCACUCGCACUCCAUGCUUGUUCUCUGUUUUACGGUAAAUCAGUCGCCCGACUUUCGGGGGCGGGGGAGUUGCUACUUUUGGCGUAUCAGUACAUCGUUAUGCGCUGGUUUGGACACUGAAAGCAUCGGGUGUUGAGGUAACGUUACCUCAGCAGAUGGUUGAUGGCUGCACGCCUCUUGUGGUGUGGAUAUUUUCUUAUUUCGAAGACUUGAGUGAUUGUUUCCUUACAGCUUUGAGGCGUCGUGUGGUGGCAGGCAUGCCUGAUUGCAUGGCGUCGAUUGUGAAACGGUGCUUACCACGUUAUGCAUUAUGACAAGCCGGAACCAGUUGGUUGUCGGUCCGAACAUGUGUUGAGGUUACUGCGCAAACGCUUGGCUCCGUUGGCUAUUGUAGCACGGGUGUACAUACGUGGUACGAAAGCAUGAGUAGCGAGUGUUUUUAGCGACACAUGUCGUGCCUGCAAGGAAUGGUUUUGCCACUGUUUUCCGAGUGACGCCGCAUUUUUUGCUGCGGUUAUUUAGCCAGGCCAACGUCUCUGGCAUGAUUUCUUGUCAAGGGCUGCCCCGUGGCAGACUUAUUGUGCAUGAUCUCUCUUCAAGUGUCACCCUUCAUUUUGACAGUUGUUUGUUGUUUUUCUUCACAUGAAACUCGCGUCAGUUGCUAAUCCCAAAAUGUAGGAAAGACUCGGUCCGUGGUCACAAAAAUGUUAGAGCGAUCAGAAGAUCUAAAGAACACACACUAUUAGCAAGAAAGGGUACGCAAGCCCGAGGAGGUACAACUGCAAUCCCUGCAGCACGUUUGCGUGCUCAAAACUGAACUACACGCCC